AUGUUGGGUGGAACGUUGCGCAAUAUCCGUCGAAAGUGUCAGCUAAACGCUGAAAGUUUAGUUAUUCAGCGAAUAGCUAUGAGCCCCGAGAAACGAAUUAAGCAUUAUCAGACAGGUACUCGAAAUACGGUUCUUAUAGAUCCGAUCAGUAGUGCCAACGGUUGCAAGAUAUAUCCUUCAACUUCACCAUAUAAAACUAGGCGGCAAAAAAAUGGAGUAGAAGAAAAAAAAACAUAUCCUGCAUCAAAUUUUCCUUCGGUACGCUCACGCCUCAACUCUGUAUCCGUUGUUCUACCUUGUAUUUCAGCGGUAGCAACUACCACCGUCGAAAAAAGGAAAGGACGUCGUGUUAGAGGUUAUCGCAGUGGUGGUGAUGGUACUGAAAGCAGUAGCUCAGAACAUGUAAAUGCUAAACGAAUUCGGACAUCAUACAGCAAUGGUGAAGUCAAAAAUGUUAAGAUAGUUGUGAAUGAUGUUCGACCACAAAUUGAAAAGAUUGUGCAGCAAAAGAAUCGGUUUAAGGAUAAUUCAUGUAGUGAUUUCACAGAACGGUCAGUUCAGAAAAAAACAGAUGUAGAUUUGGAACAUCAGUUUAAAAAGGCUAUCAGGCUUUAUCGGUACAUGUCAUUACCAGAUACGCAAGUUGGAAGUGCCAGACCAGUGUACAGACCUUUUUUAAAAAGGAAUUUGAUGUAUAUGAGACGAUUUAUUUCAGCAUCAACAGAAAAUGAAUGCGUACCUCCACUUUGUUCAGCAACUACAGUUGGGAAGACUGGAGUGAAAACAAAAUUGCGCAAGCAUCAGCAUUUAACUGAUAUACUGUAUGCACUCAAGAAAAGAAGUGAGAUAUUAAAAAAGAAUGCAAAUUUAUCGAGAUUGCCUGCUAUCUCAGAUUUAAUACGUUCUCUUAAACAUGAAUGUGGCAAGCAAGAAAAUAGCGAGAGUAGUUUGUCACAAGAAAUUAUGCGACAUGCUGAUUGCUCACAUGCUACUUCUAUGGUCAAAUUUAUUGAUAUUCGAAAUAAGGAAUUGCCUGGUGAUCGACAGGCUCUUAUUACUGUAUAUCUUUCAAGUGAAACUGAUGGUGUUUUCGGCGAGAUCGUGCGGCUUCCCUCCGCUACGGUGCAAAUGCAAAUAAAUAGUCGUGGUGAGCCAGUUGCAAUCGACUUACCAGUAUCCUUAGGUUGUCCUCUUCAUUGUAAUGGGAAUAAAAGAAAUGACUAUAUCAUCAUUCGGGUUAUUUUUUCCGGAGAAGAAUUUACUCAUGUUUUGGGAGGUAAAUCAUUAAGAAGCGUUCCAUCAAGGCAUACAGACAAAGAUUUGAAAACAGUUACACCCGUAAGUCCGACCGCUUCCAAACGUAUCAGUUAUGUCUCCUCACCAGAUAAAUUAAAAAGUAGCGAGGGCUCUAUAACAAUGUAUGGUGCACGGUGCAUAUCAACAAUUGCGAAAAACGAAACAUCUGAUGGUUUAAUAUAUGGUCAUGGCAGCAUUACAUUAAUCCCAGAUUCUUUGCUCAGUAUGAAUGAUAGUUGCCGUGUGGAAAAGACUCUAACAAAAAAGUUGAUUGAUUUAGGAAAGAAGAUGCACAUGAGUCCUUUCGUGCGUAUGUCAAUAGUACCUGAUACUAGUGGUGAAUCAAGUUCAUCAGAAGAUGAUGAUGAAACGAAAAGUUACUCAAGUUUUACCACAUCGGCUUCAGUUACCUGUAUGCGUCAUUUUCGUCACACCAGUGUUUUAUCAGCAAAAGGAUCUACGCAAAGCGUUGUGUCGGCCGAAAGCGGGCUUCAAAGAGACUACAAUGGCUUUGAACAUUACAUGAAAUCUCGAUUCAAACAAGAAUUGCGUCUAGAGUUUCCGAAACAAAUAUGCUAUCGCUUCAUAACCAGAUAUAAUGACGAAUCGGACACAAGUUUUCCAGAAAGCAAACAUCUACUUUGUUCUGAAGUCGCAUCAGAUGUUAAUGAGCUGUUAAAUUCGAAUAUCAACCCAGAGGCUACUUCGAAUGGUGUACGAAGGCAUUGUUCUCCGCUAAAAGAAGUAUCUCCCGGCAAAGUUUUGAAUGGACGUGUAAUGUCUAAAUCUUCAGUUUCGUGUAAAUCUCCUCCAAAAUGUUUUCCACCAUCUCCUUCUAAAUACCGUUUGGAUGUUCCACGUCGAGACAUGCCUUUAGAAGCAAUGGUAGAUAGUUUAGCUGCUAAAUUUGACAAAUGCUCAAAAAUUGUUCCUCCAAGAUCGGUUCCUCCUGAUGAUAAGGUUACAGUACCUGAACUGCAUUACGAAGGGUAUCCUGAACCUGAUGGUAACGGAGUUGUUACGCGCUUCGUAUCACCAGCGAACAAAUGCAUAUUUUGCCUUGGGACAUUUCCUGAUAUGUUUGCUUUAUUGCUUCAUAUGAGAACAAGUUAUCCACGGCUUGAUAUAGUGUAUAGAGGUGAUGCGCGGCAAACAGCUGUUAUUAACAACAGUGCACCGGUUUUUAUAGACGUAUUUGUACGAAAGCAUUUUGAUGGGUCAUAUGAAGGUGCAAUGGUUCGUCAGUAUACAACUUCGCGUCAUAGGGUUAUACCACAACAUUGCGUUCCCAGCAGCCGUAUCACUUAUAUUGUUCAUAAGUAUGAAGCACGGACUAUUCGUAAAAUGCCAAAAGAUCUCAGUCUUUUUUUUAUGCAAGCAGAUCGAGAAAGGCGUGCUACCAAAGGAAAUAAUGCAGCAUAUUUUGGUUUCCGUAGCAGGCACCCUUUAAUGAAUUGUACACAGAUAUCAACCAAGCAAACUGACCAAGAGUGGUUGCGCGAGUUUAUUAUCAGACUUCGUCGUAUGAAUUUUCAGCAAAUUGAGGACUUUCUUGAUUUAUCUCGAGUAGAAAAAGAUUUCAUGUCAUUGUGGAGUAUUUUUCUUCUCAAUCUUAAUCACAAACCUCUUGGCCGGUGUCACACAUACCGCACUUGUCGUCUUUUCUUGCAAAAACACCGACAGGAAAUUUUGCUGAAUAAUUUUCAAAAUGCGUGGGUAUUUCAUCUUACUGCAUUGCAUGAGAAAGAAGCAUUAGAUACAGAUGAAGUUUAUGACUUGACAAUGCGUCUGAAGGAUGACUAUGAUCCAAGCGCAGACGUUCGACAUGUAGUUUAUGCCACGCGUUCUCGACUAGAAGCAGUGGCUCUGAACGCCAAAAGAGAAACUCCGGCCUGGCAAAAAGAACCUAUACAUGGACCUAAAAUUUCAAUAUUGCGGAGUUCAUCUGUUGCACGUUUGUCAUCUUUAGAGCCGAAUUCGGACAACGAAGACAUGUUCAAAAAAUUUAUGAAUGAUCCUGCUCGUAAAGAAAGGCGAAGUAGUAGUUGUUCAGUGGAUGAAUCUAGUCGACAAUCAGCAAAUCGCCGUCAACGAGAACCUGAUUGCUCGAAAUAUCUUACAUCACCUCGUGCUACGCAAGCUCCAAAGUGGUUGUCAUUUGCUGAAUAG